AUUGAAGCUCUCAUGAUGGAGAUGCAGAGCCCAGACACAGGAAUCAAGACACAGACCCAGCCAGUGAUGGUCACCAGCAUCCCCCACGCUGUCACAGGUAAUGAUAUCAUGCAGUGGAUCCUUCAGCGCUUGAAAAUCACUGCAGAAGAGGCACUCCACCUGGGAGACCUGUUUGUGAAAUAUGGAUAUAUCUACCCUCUCCAGGAGCCAAAGAACCUCACCCUGAGGGCAGAUGGCAGCCUCUACAGGUUUCAAACUCCUUAUUUCUGGCCAGUGCAGGGCUGGGCUGCUGAUGACACUGACUAUGCAAUUUAUCUAGCGAAGAAGAACAUUAAAAGGAAAGGGAUUUUGGAAGAAUAUGAAAAGGAACAUUACAACAUGCUCAAUCAAAAAAUAAACUACAAGUGGGAUUUUGUCAUUAUGCAGGCCAAGGAGCAGUAUAAGGCAGGGAAGGAGCGGAAGAAGGAGGACAGGUAUGCCCUGGACUGCCAGGAGAGAGCCUACUGGCUUGUGAACAGAACUCCUCCAGGCAUGCUGAGCGCCCUCGAGUAUGGAAUAGACCGAGUCACAGAUCCCAAUGAAAGUAAGAAAAAUACUAUGGAAUUCUACAGGAGAGAGAUCAUGUACUAUCAGCAGGCCAUCCUGAAGACCAGAGUGAAAUCCUCUGUCUCUCUUGGAGGGGUUGUGAAGUACUCUGAGCAGUUCCUCUCCAAUGAUCCCAUCCUGUCUGGAUGUCUCCCCAGCAACCCUUGGAUAUCAGAUGACCCUGAUUUUUGGGAUCUCAAUGCAAAGCUGGUGGAGGUGCCCACCAGGAUGCGCGUGGAGCGAUGGGCCUUCAACUUCAGCGAGCUGAUCCGGGACCCCAAGGGCCGCCAGAACUUCCAGCUCUUCCUGAAGAAGGAGUUCAGCGGAGAGAAUCUGGGUUUCUGGGAAGCCUGUGAGGAUCUCAAGUAUGGAGACCAAUCCAAGGUCAAAGAAAAAGCAGAAGAAAUCUACAAGCUGUUCCUGGCUCCGGGAGCGAGGCGCUGGAUUAACAUCGAUGGCAAAACAAUGGGCAUCACAGUCAAGGGCCUGGAGCACCCUCAUCGAUAUGUUCUGGAUGCUGCUCAGACCCACAUCUACAUGCUGAUGAAAAAGGACUCCUAUGGCCGCUAUUUAAAGUCUCCAAUAUACAAGGAAAUGCUGGCCAAGGCUGUUGUGCCACAAGAGGGUGUCAAAAAAAGCACGGGUCUGUUCGGACGCCGCCACCUGCGCUCCAGCCCCAGCCCCAUCAUCCUGAGGCAGCAGGAGGAGGAGGCCAAGGCCAGGGAAGCCGCCAACACCGUGGACAUCACGCAGGUCAUGAGCAAGCUGGACCGCAGGAACCAGCUGCAGAAGGAAGCUCCUCCCAACCAGCCCACCUCGCCUCCUGCUCCCCCGGCCCGGCUGCCCACGCCGGCCCCGGCACCCCGGCAUCGCCCCAGGCCGUGCCUCCCGUGUCCCCCCUGCCCCGGGGUUCCGCCUGUCCCUCCCCCAUGGACCGGGCCCUGGGCAGCGCCGCGGGCACCCGGCCGGACCCGCGGGCACCCGGCCCCGGCCCCUUCGCCUCCGGCGGCCGGAGAUCCCGCCUGGCCGCCCGGGCCUGGGCCCGGUUCCUGCGGAGGGGCUGCCGGAGCUCGGGCAUCCCGGGCUCGCUGCCGGCCCGGGGCCCGGCCGUGCCCCACGGCAAGGUGCAGCCGCUGGGCGGGCGGGAGCGGCGGCUGCGGCCCGACAGCAGGACGGUCAGCAGCUUCUUCCAAGUCAGAACGGCCGCGCCUCCGGAGAGCCCAGCCUGCCCUGGGGGCUCCGGGCAGGGAGAGGAGAGGCAGCCCCGGGCUCGGAAGGGCUCUGCAAAGGAGCUGAUCUGCCCCUGGGAGACCCCCACAGGACAGGGGAGAGCAGGGUAACCCUGAUAUGGAUGCUCCUGCCAGGCCUGAGACUGCAGUGAUGGCCUUGCAUGGCUCAGCGCAAGUUGGAGAAGUGUGUUGGAGCCAUCCUCCAGCAGCAGGGACACCCAGACCACCACAGCUCUGAAUAACAGCCCCUGGUGUGCCCAGCUGUUUGUGAUCCAAGAGCUCCAAGCCUCUCUGGACUGGUUUUCUCUCCUGUCUUUGGUGUUCAGUUCUGCUCAUGACAAACUGGUCGAUAAAGGAGCCUGGUUUCAUGCCUUGGAGCAGAUGGAGGACGUGUGGGUGAUGUCCUGGGAAUCGGGCUCUUAUCAGAGUUUCUGCCUUGGCCGUGAGGUGUCAGCACACUGAACACGGCACAGCUGGAGCAGGGCUGGAGGGGGCUGGCAGGGCAGGACUCAGGCUUCAGUGCCAAAACAGGGGCGUGUUUGUGUCCCCAGCCUGGGCCCACCUCCUGUUAAUUACAAUUUUUUCAUUUUGAAAGCGUGCUGAUUAAGAGGCUGGGGAAAAUGGAGUGCCUCUCAUGAGAUGCUGAGUGGCAAAGCAUCAUUCCUUCAUCCAAACCAAACACUAUCCCAGAGGCACCAAGGAGUGCAGAGCCCUCCUGCAUCAACUUCAGCUCCCCAGUGCAUGGGUUUGAAACCAUGGCUGGACCUGGGAGCCCCUGGGGAGAUCCAAGCCAAAUCCCUGCUGGUGUUUUGGGCCCCUCCAAGCUGGGAUUGAUGUGCUGCCACAGGCAGUGCUGAUAUUGAGUGUUGGAUUGUUGCCUUCCUUGUGUCAGUGUUUGAAGGUGGUUGUUUUAUUCCCUGGAUGAGUUUCCUCAGUGUGUGUGCUGUGGGUCCCUGUUCUGUACCUUGGCCAUGACCUGUGACUUCUGAUGUUGCUGUUUUGUACUUUCUGAUUAUAAAUGGAGUUUUUCCUGUGUGGCUGAUGUGGUUCCA